UCUGAGACCACCCCCCCCCCCCAUCCCCACCCCCGGAAGGGAGCGAACCCCCAAACCCACCGCUCCGAAGCUGCCAGAGAGAGAGAGAGAGAGGGAGAGGGAGAGGCACAGGAAGAUCCCAGUCCUGCACCCUGGCCCGCAGCCAGUCUCCGCCUUAAGCAAGGAUGAGUCGACCGCCUUCCUCACAGAACCUGACCUGUGGAGCAUGGGAGAUGAAGGAACGCCUGGGCACAGGAGGUUUCGGAAAUGUCAACCGAUGGACUAACAAGGACACUGGGGAGCAGGUUGCAAUCAAGCAAUGUCGACAGGAGCUAAGCCCAAGGAACCGAGAGCGCUGGUGUCUGGAGAUUCAGAUCAUGAAAAGGUUGAACCAUGUCAAUGUGGUAGCAGCACGAGAUGUUCCCGAGGGAAUGCAGAAACUUGCUCUCAAUGACCUGCCCCUGUUGGGAAUGGAAUAUUGUGAAGGAGGAGAUCUUCGCAAGUUCCUGAAUAAAUUUGACAACUGUUGUGGGAUGCGUGAGAGUCCAGUGUUAACCCUGCUCACGGACAUCGCCUCUGCCCUCAGAUACCUGCACGAAAACAGAAUCAUCCAUCGUGAUCUGAAGCCAGAGAAUAUUGUCCUACAGCAAGGUGAACAGCGGUUAAUCCACAAAAUCAUUGACCUGGGCUACGCCAAGGAGCUGGAUCAGAGCAGCCUAUGUACCUCUUUCGUCGGGACUUUACAAUACCUGGCUCCAGAGCUCCUGGAACAGAAGAAGUACACAGUGACAGUGGAUUACUGGAGUUUGGGAACCCUCACCUUUGAAUGCAUCACCGGAAUCCGGCCAUUUCUACCCAACUGGCAACCCGUAGCCUGGCACAGUAAAGUGAAACACAAAGGGGAUUGGGACAUUAUGGUGUUUGAAGACAUGAAUAUGGAGGUGAAAUUUUCCAACCGGCUUCCAGAACCCAACAACCUCAACAGUGAAUUAGUAGGUCCCUUGGAGAGGUGGCUGCAGUUGAUGCUGCGGUGGAACUCAAAGGAGAGGGGCACGGACCCCAUUCACGGACCAAACGGCUGUUUCAAGGCACUGGAUGAUAUCAUUAACAGGAAGUAUGUGCAGAUUCUGGAUAUGAAGUCGGGACUGCGCCACACGUAUCCCGUCUCCCCGGAGGCCAGCGUUCAGGCCCUGCAGCAGUGGAUCGAGUCCACCACCGGCAUUGAGGACUUCAGUCAGGAGCUGCUGCUGGAAACAGGAACUGCCCUGGACCCUCGCAAGCCUGUGAUCCAGUGUGUGCCAGACAGCAGGCAGAACGAAGGGAAGAAGUCGGAGCUGGCCGUGAUCUAUCUCUUCGACAGAAGUACCAGCACCUACGACGGGCAGGUCACUGUUCAGAAGCAGCCGGACGCCGUGAAUUUCAUCCUUCAGGACCCAAAGAAGUUGCUGACCUAUCACCAGUUACGGAGGUCCUGGGGCCAGAGUUGGCACGUGAUCCGUAGUCUGAAGGAGAACUGCAUCAGACUGCAACAAGGUCAGCGGGCUGCUAUGAUGAGCUUACUGCGCUACAACAGCAAUCUGUCCAAACUCAAGACCACCAUGUUGUCCAGAUGCCAGCAGCUGAAAGCCAAGUUGGAUUUCUUCCGCGUCAGUAUCCAGAUUGACCUGGAGAAAUACAGUGAGCAGAUGGCAUUCGGGAUCACUUCGGAGAAAAUGAUCACUGCCUGGAACGAAAUGCAGCUGAAAGCAGAAGGCUGUGGAAGGAUGAAUGACGUGACCAGGCUGGACGAGUUAUCUAUGGCACUUCAAACCGAUUUGGUUGACCUUCAGAGGAGCCCAUCGGCGCGGCAACGAGGAGAAGCUCUGGAAGUCCUGGAGGAUGCUGCGAUGGAUUUGUAUCGUAAGCUGAGGGAAAGGCCAAGAGACCAGCGGUCCAAUGGAGACAGCCAGGAGAUGGUACGAAUCCUUGUACAAACCCUGCAAAGUUUUGACAAGAAGGUGAAGGACAUCUACUCCCACCUCAGUAAAACUCUGGCUUGUAAGCAGAAGGUGAUUGAUCUGCUACCCCAGCUGGAGGAGGUCCUCCAUCAGAUGUCAGACGAUGAGAAGCAGGUGAUGAAACUGCAGGAGAAACGGCAGAAAGAACUCUGGCACCUCCUGAAGAUUGCAUGUAGCAAAGUGCGAGGUCCAGUCAGCGGAAGUCCCGAGAACCUCAGUGCCGGCCGUCUGUCUGCCCCCAGCCAGUCCAUCUCUCCUCCCCGUCUCGAGCCCAGCAUGCUGCUCUCUGAGAAGUCCAGAAAUUCUGAAGAGUCACUUGUAGUGAUUGAAGAAAGUCACAACUUCCGCAGCCAACUUCUCAAUGUCAUGCAAGAGACAAUUCAGGAUCACGAGAACUCUUUGCAGUCAUUGGAUUGGAGUUGGCUUUCCAGUUAAUGAGGAAUCCACUGGAGUUGGACACUGGAUGUGAACAUUCCUGUUCAAUCAGCUGUGACUAUUAUUACAUAAACAAGGGCCUUCACCUGAGUUAGGUGAUGCGGAGGGAGGUCUGCAUGCAACAAUCUUGUUUUGUAAAGAGAAAGCACUUCACUGACCUGUAUCUGGUAAAGCUCGGCCAUCAAUGCCUCCUUCGUGGUCAAUAAUUCAAAUUUGUCUAUGGUUCCAUAUGGUUGGUUUUGUGAAUGCUGAGUUCCCCAGAACAACAUUACACCUUCACCCCCACCCCCCACCCCGCCCCCUCAACGUUUUCCAGUUUGCCAUCUCAAGAAGGAAUGGGGAUGUGUAUGCGGGUCAGAUCUUGUUGCUCUGUGAAAUGUUGAACCAGCCUCUGUGGAUUCCUGCAUCUAAUGGGGAAGGGUGGGGUGCAGGGGUUGGGUGGGUAGGGGCUGAGCUGCUGCUGCAAAACUGGAAGUAGGCCCCUGGCAGGUGAGAAGACUUCUGACUCAAACUCAUUUCUUACUGCUUUGUUUGAACUGGUUCCUGCCACUGCAAAUCCCAGUUGCGGGCUAACUGGAUGUCAAGAAAAUUCUAGAUCAUCUGCACCAUUAUUGCAGCACAAGCUACUUUUAAAAUAAAUUAAAAUGCCUUGCAUUCUGUGCAGCCUCCAA